AUGGUUUCAAACAAUGCUGUUCCGAUGAAGUUAGAAAGUUCUGACAGAAGAUAUGUAGUUGUCAGAACGUCAGAUUCUCAUAUGCAAGAUACAGAAUAUUUUGACGACUUAGCAGAAACUUUGACAUCUGACUUUUACAACCACUUGUUCUCAUAUUUCAUGACAUUAGAUAUUUCUAAGUUCAAUCCAAGACAAAUUCCACAUACCGAAGAGAGACAAACAUUGUUAGAAGCAAACAAGAGUGUAUAUGAACUGUUCAUAGAUGAAACUGACUUUGUGUCAUUAGAUGAAAGGUCAUUGUACGAUUCGUAUAAACAAUAUUGUCAAGAAUAUGGUUAUAUGGCAGCUUCUAAACGAACAUUCUUGGCAAAUGUCAAAAGUCUUUUAGAUGUUCAGAAUGGUGUAUAUACAAAGAAAAUUUUUUCUGAGUAA